CACGUCUAGUCAAUGAUACAGACACAGAGCUCAGAGGAGCGCAGUCAGUCUCUCACACUCCUCAUGAGGAAAUCUUGAGUUGAUCAGGAGCUCAUUCAGUUUGGAUCAGUAUUGGACUUUAACGUGUUUGUUUGUCUGAAAAGGAUCUUUGGAGGGCAGGAUGGCAGACGUGUGUGUGAGGUGUGGAAACGGUGAGGAGGGACCGUAAAGAGGCAGAAUAAAACGGAAAUACUGCGACUGAUGCCGCAAAACACAUUGAUCUUUGACCCUGCGAUGCCCACCAAGCCUGUUAAAGACGCCAUGACGAUCCCUGGAACCCCUGAGCGAAUCCUGACCGAGAAAACCAACAACAAUGAUGCUUCUCUACAACCACAGCCACUAGAGACGACAGUCACCAUUCCUCUCGUCAACGAGGUGCAGUUAACGGCGGCCACCGGAGGGGCGGAGCUAUCCUGUUACCGCUGCACUGUGCCAUUUGGCGUGGUGGUUCUGAUCGCGGGCAUUGUGGUGACCGCCGUAGCGUACAGCUUCAACUCUCAUGGUUCAACCAUCUCGUACUUCGGACUGGUGCUGCUCUCGGCUGGACUCGUGCUGCUUGCUCUGAGUGCUGUUUGCUGGAAAGUUCGUAUGGAGAGAAAGAAAGAGCGAAGGAGAGAGAGUCAAACAGCUCUGAUGGCACACCAAAGAAGCAUCUUUGCUUGAGGACGGAGAUCCGAUACCGAAUAUCCAACCAGCGACUCCAUCUCGUCGAAACCUUCGCAAUGGAUGCGUCAAAGCAUUUUUCAGCUCACUGACAGGAAUAUGUGCUGAUGUACAAGAAGGACUGAGGUUAGAUGACCUGUUUGCUUACAAAGAAACUGUUCGGCAACAGGGCCAUGUGCGUGAAGGAAAUCGUACGGUGAAGAAAUUGUAGUUGGAAUCGGCUUCCGAGAACGAAUUGCGACUAUAACGCUGUGAAUUGUAACGCUCUUCGCCAUUACCGUCAUGUUGAGUUAAUGCUGCCAAGAUCAACAGAAAAUGUUCACAGACAUCGCUUUUCAACAAAAUUCCGUUUACCAUGCACCUGCCGGUUUCAUGGGCGGAAAUAACGCAAUGCUAAUUGCAACAAGAAAAUGCCAUCGACUUUUGUGAAUAAGGUGCAAAAUAAUAAGAUGUGUCUGAGCUGAAAAGAACGAGCGUGUUUACAUGCAUACCAAUACGCUGAUAAAUAUCAAAAACCGAUGUUAAACCGUACACAGGCAUGCGUACAACACUUGCACACAUUGGAUAAGCCAGUAAGAAAGCAGGUAAAAGUGUUUACAUGCAACACGAAAUUGGGGUAAUGGGCAAAAAUCUUCAUGUGCUGAUGCUAAAACUGUUCAAGACCUUACAUUUAAAGGUGCUCUCAGUAACAUCAUCUUGGACUUACAGUGACACCUAGUGGUGUGGAUGCAUCAUUCAAAAUCAAUAGUUAUAAGUUCCAGAUGCCAUUGUAGAAAUUAACCAUUCACAAUCAGCCAUGAUUCAUUUAAUCCAAGAGCGAAAGUGUCCAAUAACAAGACGGUUACUGUGAUUAAGCAAGUAAUAUUCAACUGGUCAUGUGAUCCCAAUAUGGCAGCCCCAGUGAGGGCACCCCUGCCCCAUGUAGAAUAAAACAGCUUUUAUAAGGUUACUGAUAUGACUGGAAUCCUCAUCUCAUGUAAGUGGUCAUUAUUUUAUACAUAUGUUUCAAAAUUUUUAAAAUGUUUUUAUUGGGGAAAAAUUACUGAGUGCACCUUUAAACCACUUAAACAGGCUUGAACUAUUUAUGACCAUUUACGACCUGAUAAAUUUAUGGUGUUGGCGUUUACAUGACCACCACGUUGUUGGCUUAUUACGCAUAAUCGGCGUAAGAUCGUACAUUGUGCUUUUAAACUAAAUUUGGUUUACCACUUGCUUUUUUGCGGCCCAUAAUAACACAACAUUCAUUGUACAAGGUAAAUAGCAUGGACUUUUAUGAAUAAGGUGCGCUGAAAAGAAUGUUUACAUGCAUACCAAUAUCCUGCUAACAGAUUAUUGAAAAAUCGGAAAAUCCAAGAAAACCACGUUUACGUGAGAUUUGAAAUGACCUGAUUAUUCUCUGAUUUUGAUGUCAAAACGUAAACAGGAAUGAGUAUAACACUUGCGCACAUUGGAUAAAUUGGAAAGAACGCAGGUAAAGCUGUUUAAACACAAUGCGAAACUGGGGUAAUGGCAAAAUCUAUGUUUUGUUUGAUUGGUUUAUGCUUAAUCUGUUUAUCACUUUACACUUAAACCGCUUAAACGUGCUUAAACCGUUUAAGGGUCAACAGUCCAAGUUGUUUACGUGAUCACACAAAUUGUCGGCUUAUUAAGCAUAGUCAGUGUAAGAAUGUGCAUGUAAAUGUGCUCAAGACUUGAUUUAAAUAAGCUGACAGUGAACGUCUGGUUAAACUGAAUGGUUAGCAAAUAAGGUUUCUGAGCUGAAAUUCAGCAUGCAAAAGUGGCAACUGUUUAGUUAUUUCAGGCCUGAGAGUUUGCAACAGUUCAUCGAAACUAAUGUGUAAAGUAUCGUUCUGGGUCUCAUUGAGACCCACAGCUGUAUGUGUCCAGAUGUUCAGACACAGCUGGGACAACGGUUAUGCUUUACAAAGUCGCUCAAAAGGCUUCUUUCUUUCUUUCUUUCUUUCCUUCUUUUUUUUUUUCUGUUCCCAUUCUCUCUUGAUGUCUUUCACCCGUCAGGCAGAAUGCUUGGUUAGCUGGGAUGCGAGCCAAGGCGAACUUAACAAAAAUUAAGAGCAGUAACUGCUGGGCAAACCCAGAGAGAGGAAGUGCCGUAUUAAUCCCUGGCUGUUUCCUGUCCAUUAGGAUUAAUGGAAAGAUGCAGUCUGAGACAUAAAGGAAAGGGAGGUGAAAAAGAGGAAACGAACAACAAUGAUUUUUCCUCAUUGAGAGUGUAUUUCCCCCGUCUUUACCCAACAUAUGGUACUCAUUUCACUUGUAUUAUGAUAUAUAGGCAACAAAUGGCUGGGAAACCAGAGUUAUAUUUUCAAUUAUUACAUCUAUUUUGCUAUAUUGUACUCCAAAUCAUGAGGACAGACAUACGACAUAAAUAAAGUGUUAAAUGCACUCUUAUUUGAGUUGUGGUGUGUAACUAUGUGAAGUAGUUUAAAGACUAUUAACCAGAUACGUAAUAUGAUAACCAUACUUAAUAUGUAUUAUGUUUUUUUUUUUUUUUUCUGUAAGUAUGAACUUUUGAUCAUUUUAAUGAAAUGCAAACAGUGAAGAAAUAAAUUAUAGAUCUUAAAUGUGAUUUCAGGUGCUUAAUUUCUUUGAUUUUAUUAAAUAAAACAUGUCUUAUUCUUUUAUUAUUUUGAAACCAUAAAUCAAUUUUGUUUGAUUUUGUGUGUGGAAAUGUGAUACCUGUAAAAUGUCAAUAGAACUAUUUUUAAUAAACUUGUGA